UUCUCACAGGAGGUUGCUGUGCCCUGGAAUCAGAAUGAAGCCUGUCUGGGUCUUUGGUCAUGCCUUCAUUUGACUGUCUUGGGUUUACUGGAAUUAAAUGGAUUUUCAUACAUUUCUCUUUAAGCAAAGAUACCAAUUGUUCAGAGAUUAUCCUGAUACAAGAAAUUGUGAAAGAUGGCUUUCAUAGAGACUUGCUGGUAAGAGUGAAACUUGGCACAAACGUUGAAAAGUCACAGACCUGCAAUGUUUUGAUUAAAUAUCACCUUCCAAUGGGAUUAUAUGUGGACCCAUAUGAAUUGGCUUCGUUACAAGAACACAAUGUGACAGAGGCAAUGAUAAUUCAAGAUACUGUUGACUUAGAAGCCCCUGACUAUUUGUCUGAAGAAUUCGAUGUCUUUGUUUAUGCCAAGUCAGAUUCCCAGUGUUCUGACUGCUUCAGAACGAUUUUGCCUAUUCACUGCCGGUAUCACCAGCCUGAGGAGAAAGAAGAAAAAGCUUUUGUGGUGGUGAAGAACCCGGAAUUAUUGGUUAGUUGCUACAAUGAUUUUCCUUCUCUGAAUUGCUGGAAACAGUCUGAGACGGAAGCUCCUUGUUCUGUGAGGAAUAAACGUAUUUGUCAGUGGAACAACAUGAAGUAUAAAUCAGUAAAUCAGAAUGUGAUGCUACAGGUUCCAGUGGGACUAAGAGUACAUUGUCUCCUCGUAUGUGUCAUGACGCUGCUUAUUACAGUCUUGUGUUCUGGUCUUAUCCUUAGAGCAGUCUUCAAACAUGGUCAUUUCUCCCUGUGAGAAUGUCAUAUAAUGAUUUGUGAUAUUCUAGAAUUAUGGCAUUCCUUUUAAUUGACAGUAAUGUAAUUUUAGUUUUGGUGAAACCAAUUUAAUAAAAAAUACACAAUGGUGUUUGUAAAUGA